GUGACGACCGCGCGCGCGCGCGCGCGCUCGUGCCCGGCCGCUGCGGGCUCGGAGGCCGAAGAGAAAAGACGGCGAGGUGGCUUCGGCUGUGUCCACAGAGCACAGGAUGAUACAGCAAUGGAGGAGAAAAUAAUGCAAACUGGCUGAUUACUCAUGAAGAUGAGAUUUUAUUUUUGUGGCAGGCAUCUGUGGGGUCUGUAAUAGAAAUGAUGGCUGGCUGUGGAGAAAUUGAUCACUCUAUAAACAUGCUUCCUACGAACAGGAAAGCAAAUGAGUCCUGUUCUAAUACUGCACCUUCUCUAACUGUCCCUGAGUGUGCCAUUUGUCUGCAGACAUGUGUUCACCCAGUCAGUCUGCCUUGUAAGCAUGUUUUCUGCUAUCUAUGUGUGAAGGGAGCUUCGUGGCUUGGAAAGCGAUGUGCCCUCUGUCGACAAGAAAUUCCCGAAGAUUUCCUUGAUAAGCCAACCUUGUUGUCACCGGAAGAACUCAAAGCAGCAAGCAGAGGAAAUGGUGAAUAUGCCUGGUAUUACGAAGGGAGAAAUGGGUGGUGGCAGUAUGAUGAGCGCACUAGCAGAGAGCUGGAAGAUGCUUUUUCCAAAGGUAAAAAGAGCACUGAAAUGUUAAUUGCCGGGUUUCUGUAUGUUGCCGAUCUUGAAAAUAUGGUACAGUAUAGGAGAAACGAACAUGGACGUCGCAGGAAGAUCAAGCGGGAUAUAAUAGAUAUACCAAAGAAGGGAGUAGCCGGACUUAGGCUGGACUGUGAUGCUAAUACUGUAAACCUAGCAAGAGAGAGCUCUGCUGAUGGAGCGGACAGUGUACCGGCUCAGAGCGGAGCUUCUGUUCAGUCUUCUUCUGUGAGGCCCCUGACGUCAGUAGAUGGUCAGCUAACAAGCCCCGCCACGCCAUCCCCUGAUGCAAGCACUUCUCUGGAAGACUCUUUUGCACAUUUACAACUCAGUGGAGACAGCAUAACGGAAAGGAGUCAUAGAGGGGAAGGAGAAGAAGAGCACGAAUCGCCAUCUUCGGGCAGGGUACCAGCACCAGACACUUCGAUUGAAGAAACCGAAUCCGAUGCCAGUAGUGAUAGUGAGGAUGUAUCUGCGCUUGUUGCACAACACUCCUUGACCCAACAGAGACUUCUGGUUCCUAAUCCAAAUCAGACAGUAUCUGAUCGAUCAGGAACUGAUCGAUCAGUGGCAGCGGGUGGAACAGUGAGUGUCAGAUCUCGAAGGCCUGAUGGACAGUGCACAGUAACCGAAGUUUAAAUAAAAAAGUUUUCAGAUCCAUGCUCAAGAUGAAAAUGGUUAUCUGUAAAUUUCUGCCCACGUUAACAUUAUACUCAUCCCUAGUAGUGCAUUUUGGGAGUUGGGGUGGGAAAGGGUAUGGGAAGGAUAGACCUGUAAUUAAAAUGUCUAACACAUCUCUGUUGAGAAAUUUAUUUAAUAUAAGGAACUUGGGUGUUAAUAGUUGAGAGCUAUUUAGUAAUAACCCAGUUUUCUUGAGGUCUGUUUAUUUUAUAGUUUUUUAAAAUACCUUCAGUUCUUUUGGCCAGCGUGUGUGUAUUAUCUGUGCGUUAAUGAUCCUUAUCUGACUACUGCAUUUGUUCCUAUUUUUCUGCAUGGACUGACAUAAAACCAUUACUAAAAUUUGGCACCUACAAGAAGUCUGGUAUCAGUAUGAACAGAAAGCUUAACGUGAGAACAAAUGUGAAUUUGGGGUUUUAAAAUAGAACAACAACUAUUUAAUAGUAAGGUUACUGAAAUGGAAAUGUAAAGAAAACAGCUGAUAACUUAUGUUUCAGAAUCUUGUCUGUAACACACUUCAUGGCGUUCCCAUAGGCUUUGCCAUCUAGUCCUUGUAGUUAGAGGUUUCUCUUGAUCCACAUUUUUUUUUGAUUACAGACUUUAUAAUUUAAUAAAUACUAGAAUUUAUCAGUGUGUUUCUUGUUUGAAUCUGGAAGGGGAUGGAAACAUUUUUGUGGCCAAAAGGUCACUAAAAAGGUGGUGGUUUGAAUUGGUGGUUGUAUUCAGCUCACAUGGUUACUUGCUCAGAAAAGUAUGAUUUCUUCAUAGAGAAUAUUUAAACAGUCUCCAGGGAAUUUUCAUGGAAUAAUUAUGUGUGGAAAUAAA